AAAUGAAACGACAGAGUAGAAUCAGAGUCUGGGGUUGGUGGUUUAUUUUGCACACGCUAUGAAAAGUAGUGAAGGAGUGCGAAGUAGAAGAAGUAGCUAUCAUUAUCACAUUAGGGACCACACCACGCAUUACACACACUACACACACCACAUUCCUCUUUAUCCCUAAAAGAAAUAAAAUAAACUGUGAUGAUGCAAAGUUUUCAAUCCUAUACUUUUUGUUUUUAAUCGAAACCCUUGCUCACACCGUAGCGUCGGAAAACUUCGUCGUCGAUGUCGUCUCCGUCGCCGGCGGAGACUCCUUCCGGCACGAACUCCACUACGUCUCCUCCUCCUCCGGAUGAAACACCUCUCGUACCUAAUGCCACUGUCUCCCCUCCUCCGCCUCCCGACAUCACCAGUGCCGCCGUUAGUCCUCCUCCGCCGUUAGCCGCAGCUCCGUCGAGUCUCAGUGGCGGCGGGUUGUCGCCGGCUACAUUGAGUGGAAUAAUUAUAGGAGCCGUGUUAGGUGCAGUAGGUAUGCUUAUCGUUGGGGGCGUUUUCUUUUGCGUCUAUAGGAAUUGGAAAAAGAAGAGAAGCCAGAACAACUACUCUCAACCGUCCCAACCGAAAGUUGACAUGGCUGGUGUUUCUCCAACGCCAGAUGGAAAAGUAGGCUUGCCGCCCAAGCCUACUCCAGGGGGUUUAGGGAAUCAGAAACUGUCAUCCUCUGGUCUCCCGACACCCACUGUCAAUUCUUCAGGCACUGCAAGUAGUUGGGGUUCCGAGAAGGUGAAGCCUUCACCUGGCAUUUCCUUGGCGCUAUCUCAAAGCAGUUUUACACACGAUGAAUUAGUUAUGGCAACGGAUGGAUUCUCCUACUCAAAUCUUCUUGGUCAAGGUGGUUUUGGCUAUGUCCACAAAGGAGUUCUCCCAAAUGGGAAAAUUGUUGCAGUCAAGCAGUUGAAAUCUGAGAGUAGACAAGGGGAGCGUGAGUUCCAUGCAGAAGUCGAUGUCAUUAGCCGUGUGCAUCACAGACACCUUGUUUCCCUUGUUGGUUACUGCAUAUCAGACAACCAGAAGAUGCUUGUCUACGAGUAUGUGCCAAAUAAUACACUAGAAUUUCAUUUGCAUGGAAAAGACAGACCACCUAUGGACUGGUCAACAAGGAUGAAGAUUGCAAUAGGAUCUGCAAAAGGAUUGGCAUAUCUGCAUGAGGACUGUAAUCCCAAAAUCAUACACCGAGACAUCAAGGCAUCUAACAUUCUUAUUGAUGAUAGCUUUGAGGCUAAGGUUGCAGAUUUUGGACUUGCAAAGUUUUCAUCAGACACAGAAACACAUGUUUCUACUCGAGUGAUGGGAACUUUUGGAUACAUGGCUCCAGAGUAUGCUGCUAGUGGGAAACUAACAGAAAAGUCAGAUGUUUUCUCCUUUGGUGUUGUGCUGUUGGAGUUGAUCACUGGACGGAAACCCGUUGAUAAAACUCAUCCCUUCUUAGAUGACAGCAUGGUUGAAUGGGCUAGGCCUUUACUUUCUCAAGCGUUUGAGAAUGGCAACUUUGAUGGACUUCUUGAUCCAAAGUUGCAGAAAAAUUACAAUCAUGAUGAGAUGGUUCGAAUGGCCGCUUGUGCCGCAUGUUGUGUGCGCCAUUCAGCCAGGCUUCGGCCUCGAAUGAGCCAGGUUGUUCGAGCUCUAGAAGGAAAUAUUUCUCUAGAAGAUCUAAAUGAGGGGAGUGCUCCUGGACACAGCAGAGUUUUUGGUUCCUUUGAGGGUUCUAGCUAUGACAGCGUCCAAUACAGUGAAGACAUGAAGAACUUCAGGAAGCUGGCACUGGAAAGCCAAGAGCAAGGUAUUAGUGAGUACAGUGGUCCCAGCAGUGAUUACGGUCGACAUCCAUCUGUCUCUACCAGUUCGGGACAGCAAAAUACCCAGGAAAUUGAAUUGGGGGAACGUGAACGGUAGCAACAACUACUCUGCGACAAGCUCUCUAUUGAUGAUUCCCACGUCUUUCAAAAUUGCUCUUCAGACAUCAGUUUGCUCGUGCACACCCAUGAGACUAGUACAGGUACAUAUAAUGUCGGUAUAUUUUACAGGUCCAUAUAUUAAUUGGCUUGCACACGAUGAAUAGCAUUUAGAGCUAUGUCUUUCUUUUUUUUCCCGGUGAUUUUCACGGUCUAACUUGUUUCCCACGUACAAUUCCUGAAUUAUUUGAUACACCUGAAGCUUUGUAAAGCUUGAUUCAUUUGUUCGAUGCUAACAUUUGUUCUAACUGGGAAAGCCUGACAUUGGGACUUAUGUUGAGGAUGUGGUAUUUUGUACUUAUUUGGUGAGCUUUGUGAUAGUGCAUUCUAUGAUUCUUCGCCUGGUGUUUAAA